CCGUGACGGUACGGUGUUAGUUGGUACGUCGUUUCUCUCCGGCUGAUCGGUUGCGCCUCGCAUGAAGGGACGGACGCGUCGCACGUUUCCUCAAUGGGGACCUCGUGGGCACCCGGUGUAAAAGAAAACGCGGGCCACCGAUACACGGGCCAGUGAUACACGUCGCCGUGAUCGAGACGCGUCGUCAUCGGUCGUUUUGCAUUUUUCUAAAUCGAUACUUUCGUGUUUCGUUAUUGCACUUAUGUAGUACGUAAUAGAUUUUGUGUAAGACCUUAGAGGCUUGUAAAUAGCGCUCCGAAGUGUACGAGUGAAAUUUUUUUACAAAUUUAUAUCAAGUGAAGGAACAUACGAAGAGAGAAAGAGAAUCUUAUCAGAGACCAAUUGUGAUAGAUGAUUUCUUUGGUGCUCUUUGGUGUGUGUGCGUAUCGUCGCUGAUAGUAGAGCAUCCGAGCGGAUACGCGAUAUACGGAGUAAUAAGAAGCGGUUAUGAGAGUUCGAUGACCACGAGCCCGCGGACCAUCGACGCUACCAUGGAUUACCUGCAGACGUGCCUCAUCUUUUACCUGCUGAUCCUCUGCUUCUGCGGCGGACGUUCCAUAGACAUAUCACAAUGCAUCGCACCCCUGGGGAUGGAGUCGGGCGCAAUUCCCGACGCGGACAUCACUGCGAGCUCUAGCUUCGAUAGCGGAAACGUCGGGCCGCACCGCGCACGGCUCAAGCAGGAGAGCCACGGAGGUGCCUGGUGUCCGAAGCAGCAGAUCACGGCGGAGCCGCGCGAGUGGCUCGAAAUCGAUCUUCACACGGUGCACAUGAUCACAGCGACUGGUACUCAGGGUCGCUUCGGCAACGGCCAGGGCGUCGAGUUUUCAGAGGCAUACAUGCUGGAAUACUGGAGACCGAAGCUGGGAAAGUGGGUCCGCUACAGAGACUUUCGUGGCGAGGAGGUUAUCGAAGGAAAUAGAAAUACCUAUCUGGAAUCGAAGAAGGAACUGGAGCCACCGAUAUGGGCGAGCAAAAUUCGCUUCCUACCCUAUAGUUAUCAUCGUCGCACCGUUUGCAUGCGCGUUGAAUUGUACGGAUGUCCUUGGAACGACGGCAUCGUCUCGUACUCGAUGCCUCAAGGUGACAAGCGCAACAACUGGGAAUUCUUCGAUGCGACUUACGAUGGUUAUUGGGACGGACAGCUUCUUCGCGGCUUGGGACAACUGACGGACGGCAAAAUCGGACCGGACGACUUUAAGAUAAGAUACUAUGACACCUAUGACAGAAGUCAGGGAUGGGUCGGUUGGAAGAACGAUACAAGGUCCGGGCAGCCGCUCGAGGUCAAAUUCGAAUUCGACCACGUUAGAGAGUUCUCGGCUGUUCACAUCUAUUGCAACAAUCAAUUCACGAAGGACGUGCAGGUAUUUUCUGAAGUCAGCAUCAUGUUUAGCAUCGGUGGCAAGUAUUACACGGGCGAUCCGAUCGUAUACACCUAUAUGGAGGACAGAAUCUUCGAAUACUCGAGGAAUAUCACGAUCAAACUGCACCAUCGGAUCGGCAAGUUCGUCAAGCUAAGAUUCAGCUUCGCGUCGCGAUGGAUUAUGAUCAGCGAAGUCACCUUUGACUCCGACAUUGCUCACGGUAACUUCACUCCAGAAACACCACCCACGACCGUGGCCCCGCGAUUGCCAGUUAUAACUCACACUCGCGACAAUCCGCUGCAAGCCGAAGUUCCAGUAGCUAAGCAGGACGAUCCCACUUACAUGGCUGUGAUUAUUGGCGUCUUGACCGUCGUAAUCCUGUUACUGGCGGUUGCCAUAUUCCUGAUAGUCACGCGUCACAGACAGCGCAAGAACUUUGCCAGCCCCCUGGGCGCCAAGAGCGCGAUACCGUCAGGCAAUCAUCAGCAUCUGUCGCCGGAAUCUGCGUACGGUACCACGGAAAAGGACCCGUCCUUGAUGACCUAUAGGGUCGAGGAACUCGACGACCGGUACGCCGGCACGAAGCUCACGACCCUACCGCGAGAUCUCAAUGACCGUCUUUUGGGCGAUGUCAGACUCGACGAGUACCAGGAACCUUUCCACGAGAACAAGUAUCGGGCAUCUCCUCAUACGGCGUACUACGGAUACAGCACGGUUAUUGUAGACAACAAGGAUCUCCAUGACAAUGUCGAGCAGUCUGAUGCCACUUACGAUUACGCAGUACCAAUGCCUGUGCCUAGUGUAAGUAGUGAUCAGGAUAGCGUUUUCUCGAAAUCUUCCUCCAGGGGUAGCGCAAAGGCAUGCUUGCAGAGCUUUUUUCCGCCACCCCCGCCCCCUAUGAGUGCACCACCUCUUCGAGGCUCCAGCAAUUUGACGUACUCGAAUCCACCGAGUCCGGAACCAGUUUGCGAGCGUGAACGCAGAGGUAGUAAGCGCCGAGAGCACUCCUUGCACAGAUACGCGUAAGGAAUGCAGAAUAUUCAUGGAAAGCGAAUGAAAACCGAAGGUAUGAUGAAUUCUUCGUUACUGUGAGCAGCAAUAUCGCGUGAUCGAGUGAGUCUUCUGGCACUGGUCCAACCAAGAGUUCUGUUCUAUUUCUCUUGCGAGCUCAACGGAUAUAUAAUUCAUUAAUUUUUUUCAAUUUGUACCACACACAUAUACUAGUGCGUUUAAAAUUUACAUUGACUAAUAAUAUAUUCUUACUUUGUUAUUAUCGCGACGAUAAAAAAUGCGCUUAUAAUUAAUUUUUAUUUUUGCAUUCUUGUUUUAAUUUUAAUAAUAAUUAACUCGUAUAUGUGUGAAAUUUUAUCAAGAUUUAUUGAUAAAAUUACAUUACUGUUUAUGAAAUGCUUUUUGAGAAAGGAAAUUUGUAUAAAAUUAAUUUAUAUAUUCACAGUCUCGAAUUUUGUAAAUUCAUGCUGCACAUGCUUUACUUUAUCUGCGUUUCUCACAAUUUUUAAGCGCGUCGGAGAGAAAGAACGCAAACACGGGGUAAAGUAGAAUAGAUCCAGUGCCGUGAGGAUACCGUGAGAACACGCGCGUUGUUAAUUCUCGAGGGUAAAGACCGGUGGUAAAAGUAACACAUUUCGGUGUAAACGCUAUGAGCGACCGCGCGGCGGAAAAAGUUGUAAUCCUGCUUGUUACAACGACGAUAUUUUUUUUCCCGAAUUUAUAACGUAUCGCGAGAAAAACGACGCGAUCGCGGCGCGGUCGCAUUCAUCGCGAAAAAAAAAAAUACUAUUCUUGACGAGCACUGCCAUCGACGAAUUUUCAGACAUAUUGUGCGACCUCGAGGUCUUUUAGGAAGAUUAGCGAUCUACUUCCUACGAAUUUAAUAAUUAAAUUGGCAUAUCAAUUUAACGGUAAAGCGACCUCGCGCAUAUGACUCUUCCCGAAAUUCGUUCGUUCGAAAGUUGACGAUAUCAUCGAAAAAUUGCAGUAUCUCUUAUAUUUUCAGUUUUUUUUUCGAAUGAUUUACACUAAAAGUCAAGUCUCAGCAUCUUUCUUUCCAGCACUUCACUGCCAAGUCUCCUCUUCCGCUCGGAAUGGAAUUUCGCGAACGAGACGUGUAAGGUUGCGAAAUGCCACUUCCUUCCGUCAAUCUUUCCGAAUGGCACAAAUAUGAACGAUGCUUAAUUGCGUUAUGAAGAAUAUAUACAAAUGCGAACACAUUCGAACGAAUUACCAGGAAGAGUCGCGUUAAUGAUUCGGUCUGUUCGGCGCGCAUGUGCAACAAGAUCGAGCUCGCUAUCGAUUGAGGUGAGACCAGCGGUAACUAUCAGAGGGGAAGAAAAAAAUGACCGGGGUCGGAUGAGAUAUUUAUCCGAUGGCGCGAUCGUUACGUCUCCCCGAAAAGAUAAUUAAUUACCGGUUUGAUGGAAUAAGCGAGCGUUUUCAAUUAUUCGCGCAUUCUCGAACGAACGUCAGCGGCGCCU